CCUGAUUAAGUAUCUCGUCGGCAAGGCUCGAGUGCAAAAGGGCUUGUAUAUAAGAAGACAGACCCCGGCAUCCUAAUUACUGCGACUCUUCUUUUUGUUCCCUCCCCGGUCUGACGUUUUCAUCCCUCGUCCUCUUACCCUCUCGUCGCCGUUCCACCUGGUUCAAGAUGUCGGAAGUCGAACCGGGCCACCAGAAGCCCCCGGUCUAUGAAUCCAAAGAUGUCAACGAGUCGCCUCAUAGUGAUGUCGAAUCAGCAGAGGGGAAAAUCGCCCCUCUCCAUAGAAACCUUCACAACCGUCACAUGCAAAUGAUUGCUAUUGGUGGUGCGAUUGGUGCUGGUCUUUUCGUCAAUACUGGUGCUGCUUUGCGUGCUGGUGGUCCAGGUUCUCUGCUCAUUUGCUAUCUCAUUGUUGGCUUCAUGCUUCUCCAGACCAUGUGGGCACUGGGUGAAUUGGCUGUCAUGUAUCCGGUUAACGGUGCUUACUUCGAUUACUCUCUUCGUUUCCUUGACCCCUCUUGGGGUUUUGCUAUGGGUUGGGACUAUGCCAUCAAUUGGCUGGUUAUUCUGCCUUUCGAAAUCACUGCUGCUGGUCUCACCAUUCGAUACUGGCGCGAUGAUCUCAACAUUGGCAUCUGGAUUGCCGUCUUUCUUACCGUUCUAUCCGUCAUCCAGGUCUUUGGCGUGCGUGGAUAUGGUGAAGUUGAAUUCAUCCUCAGUAUCAUCAAAGUUACCGCUUUAACAGGCUUUAUCAUUCUCGGAAUCGUCAUUGACUGCGGCGGUGCUCCGGUCGGUGGUUACAUUGGCGGAAAAUACUGGCAUAACCCUGGCGCUUUCACGGAUUUUGUUGGUUUCUGCUCUGUGUUUACGACUGCUGCAUUUGCCUUCGGAGGUACAGAGAUGUCUGGUCUUGCUGCUGCCGAAUCCGCCAACCCUGCAAAGUCUAUCCCCAAGGCCUGUAAGCAGGUCUUUUGGCGUAUCAUGCUCUUCUACGUUAUCGGCACUCUUAUCGUCGGGUUGAUCGUUCCACAUGAUGCUGAUUACCUGUUGAAUGCUUCCGGUGCUGGCAACACUUCUUACUCGCCAUUCGUCGUCUCUAUCAAAAAUGCCGGUAUUAGCGGUUUGCCGUCGGUCAUGAAUGUUGUCAUCACUCUGUCUGUCAUCAGCGUUGCAAACUCAGCCACGUUCGGUUCCACACGUACCAUUCAAGCCAUGGCAGAGAAGGGAAUGGCACCAAAAUUCUUCGCUUACAUCGACAAGCAUGGUCGCCCUAUCUACUGUGUUUUGCUUCAAAUCGCAUUUGGUUUCCUUGCUUUCAUCAAUGAGGCAUCUUCUGGUAGCCAGAUUUUCACGUGGCUUUUGGCCUUAUCUGGUAUCUCCAACUUCUUCGUGUGGGGUUCAGUUUGCCUUGCGCACAUUCGUUUCCGGGCAGCUUGGAAGUACAACGGUCGUAGUACUGAUGAGUUGGCAUACGUCGCUCCUUGGGGCGUUUAUGGCAGUUACAUUGGUCUUGGACUCAACAUCCUUUGUCUGAUCGCGGAGUUCUACGUCUCGGUUCAGCCAUUGGACGUUCAGGCCUUCUUUGAAAACUAUCUUGCUGCACCUAUUGUCAUUGCUCUUUAUGCGUUCUGGAGGAUUUACAGCGCCUGGACGAAGGACCCCACAGUCGAGAAGCGUGGUUGGAAACUCUGGAGAUCUGUUGACGAAAUCGACGUCUUCACCGGAAUCCGUGAUACAGCUCUUGACGUUGAUCUUGCGCCUCGCGUCAAAUAUGACACUUGGGGCGAAUGGGUCAAGGCGCUCCCCAUGCGACUACUGCGCUCAAUCGCUUAGUGUUGAAAGCAUGCAGCAUCAUUAUAAGGGUUAUUGUUAGUCAUCUGCAUUUUGAUCGGUAUUUCUCUACAUUGCUAUUAAUACCUUUUGAAUUAGAGUGUCUUGGUUUCAACCACACAUUCAACCGCACAUUCCAUAUAUACCAAUGUAUUGGGAUUCUACACGAAUCAUUUUGUAUCAUAUGCACAAACAUCAUCAUAAGUAGCGGGUUACUGUUUAUACCCAAUAUGAAUCAAUGGCGUUUUGACUGCCCAUAUAUUUGACCUGUUGGUAUUUGUCCAUGACGAAUGUUUUGGUUUGUCCGAGCAGACAGCGGCAAGGAUAUUAUUUGACAUAGAAAUUUCACCGAACCCAAACGUUGCUCCUCGGG